AUGCAUUUCCCCGUCGCUGCCCUCACGCUCCUGCCUCUCUCCGCCCACGCCAUCAACAUUAUCUCGUCGAAUGAUGAUGGUUGGGCGGAGAUCAACAUCCGGCAGCUCUACGACUCCCUCACCGAGGCAGGCCAUUCGGUGGUGAUCUCCGCCCCGGCUGAGAACGAGAGCGGCACUGGACAUAAAAUAAAAGGCUCCGAUGACGGCACCCCGACUGUCCUAACCUCCGCCUGCGAAUUCGACAGCUGCCCGGCCGGCAGCCCGGCCUACGGCUCGAACGCGACACAACCGCGCUUCAACUACGUCAACUCCUACCCGGUCACGUCGAUCAAAUACGGGAUCAACACGCUGGCCUCGACCUUCUUCUCCGGCGCCGCCCCGGACCUCGCCGUGACGGGGCCCAACGUGGGCUCCAACCUCGGGUGGGAGGUGUUUUUCUCUGGGACUGUCGGCGCGGCCACCUACGCGGCCAACACGGCGGGGAUCCCCGCGGUCGCGUUCUCGGGCGCCACGGGCGCGCAGACGGCGUGGAACGUCUCGGCCGUGCCCCUGUACAGCCAGGUGUACGCGGCGCUGGCGACCAAGUUGACGGAUCAGCUGAUCGCGGGCGGUGCGCCGUACCUCCCGGACAAUGUGUGGUUGAAUGUGAACUUCGGGGCGGUGACGGACGGGGGUAGCUGCGCGUCGGCGGACGAGUUUAGCUUUGUGUUGUCGCGGAUCCAUACGGCGUUGCCGUUGAUUACGGCCGAUGAUGUUGAGACGUGCGGGUCGACGCGGUUGCCGACGGAGACUUCUGUGGUGGACUCGGAUGGGUGCUAUGUUAGUGUUUCGGUGGGGUUGGCGAGCGAUAAGCUCGAUGCGAAUGCCACGGUGCAGGGUGUGGUGUUGGAGAAGUUGGGGGAUUUGUUGACUUGUUUGUAA